GAGCAUGCCACGCUCCAGCUAGAGCCAUAGCCCCACCGAGAGUACAUAUCCCAUCAUGCAGUUCGCCAGCGGGAGCCAGCGCGCGCCAGGCACAGGCAUUGGAACGUGUAGUUUCCCUGGGCUGACCCUACUGUACCCACAAUGCCCUGGGAGCGGCCAAUCAGAGUGUGGUGUAACAACGUUUGCUGUGAAUGGCGGAGGGGCGCUGUUCGCCUCAGCCAAUCGGGGUGCGGUGUUGGCAUAGGAAAAUGAACUCCACUAUGAGUGAGGAGCCUGAUGCGCUUGCAGUAGUUAACCAGCUGCGAGACCUGGCAGCUGACCCUUUAAAUAGACGAGCCAUCGUUCAGGAUCAGGGAUGUCUGCCAGGCCUUAUUUUGUUUAUGGAUCACCCCAGCCCUCCAGUUGUUCACUCUGCGUUACUAGCUCUCAGGUAUUUGGCAGAAUGCCGGGCCAACAGAGAAAAGAUGAAAAGUGAACUGGGUAUGAUGCUGAGCUUACAAACUGUAAUACAAAGGACUACUACACCAGGAGAGACUAAACUUUUAGCCUCUGAAAUCUAUGACAUCCUUCAAGCUUCCAACAUGUCAGACAUGGACGGUGUGAAUGAAAUGAAUUCUUGCCGGCGGAAAGCUCAGUUUUUCCUGGGCAGUACAAAUAAACGUGCUAAAACAGUGGUUUUACAUAUAGAUGGCCUUGAUGAUUCAUCUCGAAGGAAUCUUUGUGAAGAAGCCUUGCUGAAAAUUAAAGGAGUUAUUAGCUUUACAUUUCAAAUGGCGGUUCAAAGAUGUGUGGUCCGAAUUCGCUCAGACUUAAAAGCAGAAGCUUUGGCAACAGCAAUAGCAUCAACCAAAGUUAUGAAAGCACAGCAAGUUGUGAAAAGUGAAAGUGGAGAGGAGGUGCUGGUUCCAUUCCAAGAUACUCCUGUAGAAGUAGAGCAAAAUACAGAUCUACCUGACUAUUUGCCAGAGGAUGAAAGCCCUACAAAGGAACAAGACAAAGCAGUAUCCCGGGUUGGGUCACACCCAGAAGGUGCAGCCAGCUGGCUCAGCACAGCAGCCAACUUUCUGUCCAGAUCUUUCUACUGGUGACUUGCGUUUGGGGUUAAAGGACUGCAUGAAUAACCGACAGGGUGGCCAGUUUUCCACUGGUGUGGUGAACUGCCAAGUGCAAUUUGCAAUAAAUUAUCACGAAAAGAUUUUAGAUUACACAAAUGUAUGCUGCAUUUUACAUUUUAUUGGCCAUUUAGCCUGUUAGGCGGGUCAAAGGACAGAGGCCUCAGAUCAAGUCGCUUUUGUUUGUUUUCAUGUACAUUUUAUUGUCUCCUUUUUUAAAUGGGUCCAUUAUUAAAAACCAAACAUUUAUGCUUAUGGAGCUUUAAGUUUGACUUCACACGAAGCAAGCGAUAGGGAGAACCCAUUCAACUCAAGUCUCAGGACCUCUGAAAGGAAAUUCUUAUUACUACUAGUUGUGCAUGAAUCAAAAUGCCUUUUUUGUUUUGCCUUAUUUCAGAUGUAUUUCUUUUGGUUUUCUAGACAUUGACUCCAGAUGAAAAUAUACCCUGCCUAUGUUUUGCCUUUUAUUUUUGCCAACCAUGUUCAGAACCAGCAUUUCAUGUUAAUUUUCUGUGUUAAAAUAAAAUUGCAACACAUUUGAACUUUAUAACCCCUUAUGUUUAUUGAAAUAUUUUUCAGCCCUUAAACCACUGGUGAGCUAUGAGAGAUGAAGGAUUAAAUGAGCAGAAAGAAAUAUGUAUGCAUAUGUUAUACAGUGAAUAAACUGCUGUAGGAAAAUCAUUUCAAUGAUGGGUGUGAGUGACUUUGUGUAUAUAGUCAGAUGCUACAGACUGCCAUUUAGGCUGGUUAAGAAGAUCAUAGUCCAACAGCUGUGAUCUGCGCAGGUGAUGGUUUAUUGCAGUUUCUUCUGAGCUAGAAGGUGGGUUGUUGGCCUUACUCAGUUAUCACAUAGUGUCCACUGUAAGUGAAUAUAGUGGUAACUGAAACGUUAUAAACUUGAAAAAUAAAACAAAUUGAAUGCCUGUUCCGCCACAGUGCCACUCUCAUGAAUUUUGUCCUUAAACUUUUAUUGCUUGGCAGAAAUCUGAUCGGUAAUUGUUUCCUUGUAUUGUCUUUCAUGAUUUUCCCAUGAAAGCGCAUCAACUUGGAUAAGACAAAAACCAUACCUGAACAAUUGGCUUUGCCUUGUUGCUUGCAGACAGUGUAAGUUUAAAGAUGUCUUGGUCAUUAACAUCUAUCUGUUUCGUGACCAGAAAAGAUAACAAAAGUAGAUAGAAUCUAUGAAAUUAGAUAUUUGGAAUAUUAGUAAGCAUUUUCCAGUGUUCUGAAAACUACAGUACUGCUUUGUUGCCUCACAGGAAUACAGCUAAAAAAAUGUAAUGCUAUUAUAAAACUGACGAAAAAACGUGGUUUUUGUGAUGACAUCCGUGCUAUAACUUUGACUACAUUUUUCAAUUUGGAGAGUGAGACAAACAUUUGGUCCAUAAAAGUUACUCCCCAGUGUCAUGGUCAGGGAAUAAAAAUCAUUCACAGGCUGUCAUAUUAAUGCAACAGUGUACAGGAAAGAAUAGUAUAAAAUAGCAACAGUAACAAAAGUCAGAGUUGACCCACUCGAAUUCAGUGUCAUUUGGGAACGAAAAAGCUUACUUGCAGACUAGAUGUCUCUGUUUGUUUUUUAAUGUAUCUAGCUCAUUUUGAUUCAGGUUUACACGCACAGAUUGAAAAUACAAGCUUUCCAGGGCAUGUAUUGCUUUAAAUAUGUAAUAUUACUCAUAUUGCUGUCUAGAAUGUUACAGUACCAAAUGUGUUUCAAAAGCCCUCUGUUCUAUAGCCAUGAAUGCAAAGUUUACUUUUCUCUGUUAACAUUUGUUUGCAUUUUGCAUUACUGCACAUCUACUUACUAAAUUACUAUACCCCUUUGGAUAUUAAUGGUUCAAUACAAGUAGGUAUUACAGUUUGUGUGUUCAAUCUUUAGGUAUGCUAUUUUUUGACAGUAUUGCAGGUCUUGUAGAACAGUUAAGGCAUCUGUACGAGUUUUUGAAAUAUAUUGUAAAAUAAUAAAGGGUAAUAUAACUAAA